GGUCGAUAUACAGCGCCAAAAUGGCCGAAGGAGCUGCAGCAGUGACUUGGUCGAUUUUGAAAGACGAUUAUGAGCUCUUGGACGUAAUAGGUGCUGGAGCCACAGCAGUUGUGCAGGCUGCCAUGUGUAAACCCAGACAGGAGAAGGUGGCCAUCAAGAGAAUCAACCUCGAAAAAUGCAACACAACAGUAGAAGAACUUCUGAAGGAGAUUCGGGCCAUGAGCCAGUGCAAGCACGAGAACGUGGUGGGAUACUACACAUCGUUCGUUGUCAAGGAGGAGCUGUGGGUCGUCAUGAAGCUGUGCAGUGGAGGCUCUAUGCUGGAUGUGAUCAAGGCCCGAAUGAGGACUGGGCAGUUCAAGAAUGGUGUCCUUGACGAGGGGGUCAUAGCAACAGUUCUAAAAGAGGUCCUGAAGGGCUUGGAGUAUUUCCACAACAAUGGGCAGAUACACAGAGACAUCAAGGCUGGGAACAUCCUGCUGGGAAGUGAUGGAGCUGUGUACAUUGCAGAUUUUGGCGUGAGUGCGUGGCUGGCUACAGGCAAGGACAUGACCAGGGAUGCUGUGCGGCACACGUUUGUUGGGACGCCUUGCUGGAUGGCACCCGAAGUUAUGGAGCAGGUCACAGGCUAUGACUUCAAGGCAGAUAUCUGGAGUUUUGGUGUCACAGCAAUAGAACUGGCCACGGGAACGGCUCCAUACCACAAAUACCCACCGAUGAAGGUGCUGAUGCUGACCCUGCAGAAUGACCCCCCGAGUCUGGACACCGGGGCCGAUGACAAGGAGCAGUACAAGGGCUACAGUAAGGUGUUCCGGAAGAUGAUCAGCGACUGCCUCAAGCGAGAGCCAGAAAAAAGGCCCACUGCAAAGCAGUUGUUGAAACAUGAUUUCUUCAAGAAGGCAAAGGACAAGGGUUACAUCACAAGGGUCCUGCUGUCUGAUGGGACAAAUGUAAAGCCACAGAAGGUGAAGAGGGUGCCAGGUUCAAGUGGUCGGCUUCACCGGACACAGGAUGGUCAGUGGGAGUGGUCUGACGAGGAGAUGGACCAGUUGUCGGAAGAGGGUCAAGCAGCUAUCUCAUGUGAAAGGUCUCCCAGGAUACGCAACGCUCCUGUUGAGCUUGAUGCAGCCAACAAUGUUGGAGGGACGGCACCGGCCCAGACACCCAACUCCCUGGCCCCAGGGGGUCCAGCGUCGGAGACUGCCACAUCCCCCACCCCCGGGGAGACCUCCAGCACCUCGCUGCCCAGUCAGGCAGAGGCCCAAGAGCAGAAGCAAGCUGUCCUGUCUCAAUCUAUCAACCUUGUUCUGCGGCUUAGGAAUGACAAGAAGGAGCUGAAUGACAUCAAGUUUGACUUCACCCCAGGCCAAGACACCUCAGACAGUGUUUCAAGGGAACUGGUUGAGGCAGGACUUGUGAAUGGCAAGGACAUGAUAGUGGUGGCAGCAAAUCUUCAGAAGAUCUUGGACAACAAGGAUCAGAAGAACUUGACGUUUGCAUUGAACUCUGGUUGUGGUCAGAACGAGGCUCCGUGUGACAAGGCUCUGAUCGGCUUUGCCCAGCUUACCAUCAACGAUGCAGCAAGUUAACCUUGGCAAGCAUCAGGGGAGACAGUAGCCAACUGUGAUAUCGAGGUUACAGCAGGGCCGCACAGCAAGGAGGCGGUCCGGGUACUGGUUGGUUCGGGUAUCAGCUCAGUCCGACAUUGCCUGGAGCCAGAGGGGUUGAAGUGAUUGUCUUUCCAACCAACUUAAUCAUGUCAAGGCUGCAAUUAUUAAACAAUAGCUUUGCAGAUUUGGAGUAACUGUCGAAAUAAGGCAGUUGUUAUCAUGCUGGAAUAUUUGCAUUGAAUAAUUUGAAUGUUUCAAUUUGGUUUUCAUUAUUCUAAGAUCAUAACAAAAUGGGUGGGUUAUUUUUUUUCUCAGUGAGAUCAUCAGACUGAUUAUCUUGUAGUGUUUUUUAACCUACCCUAACAAAAGUUAAUGAAAAAAUUUGAAUGCUUCGGUUGGUUGAAAUAGGAUCUCUAUAAGCAUAAUUUUGUUUGUGUGUUUUGUAACUUUUAUUUCAAACAUGUUUCUUUUGAGGAAUUAAACUCAAAUAAAAAGUUCCUUCCUUAAUAUGUAAUAGUAGAAAUAUGUUUGACCAUGAUAUCACAAGAGUAUGGUCAUUCUUUGACAGCAGACAAUCAGGUUAUUUUAAAAAUUCAUGGAUAGAUGUCUUUGUACCAGCAUACAUCUGGCAAUAUGGAAAUGCUUAACCUCUAAUUGAAGUCUGGAAGUAUGGUAUCUGAUGAACUCAUAGAUGUAAUGAUCAAGUGAUAUUUUCAAUUCAUGAAAUGGAAGCUGCUGAUUGCGAAAGAUGCAUAGAGAAUGUAUCCUUGCAUUGUCUUGAAAGUAUUACAACUGUAUUCAACCUUAUUACUGCAUGAUUUGGUGAAAUGUCAUCUGGGUGUGUGCCGGUUAUUACCUCAUAUGUAACAUAUUCCAAGCAUAUUUUGCCAAGAAAUUGUGACAGAUUCUGUCCAGUUCUCUAUAUUAGAUAUAUUGCUAAGAUUCUGCAAUCAAUUUUGCAAAGUAAAAGGUUUGAAUUUUCAUCUCAAUUAAAUGUGUUAUUGUUAAACUUAGACAACAUUGUCCAAACAAGACAUUGCAACUUCUUCAUCAUUUGUGUAUGACCAGGUAAUGUUAUUGGCCGACAAUGUGGGCAUCUAUAUCAUGUUACAUUGCAGAUUAGGAGUGAUGUUCAGAUUGUACAUUUAUGUUUUAAAUGAAAUGAGCUGUGAUGUAGGUUUGAUUACACAGUAAGAGACCCACAGCAAUGUAUAUCCAGUAAUUCAUCUGACAGAGGAUGUUGUGCUGCUUCUGACCACUGGUUGGAUACCUAUGUUGUGACUGCCUGAAAAGGAAAUAUGCUGUCAUGAAAUUGGACUGGUAGUGCUUGAACACUUUCUGUAUGGCCUCCGUGACAGACCUUGGGUGAAGCAUUGGUUAAUAAGGUUGGAUUCAGUGUUCACUUGGUGUACUUGUAAUGUGACUGCCACACAACACCUCCCUGCUUGACGGGAGAUUUAACCUGGGGUACUUUUGUAGAAUCUCUUCACAGAUUCUUAGAAAAUAACCUUGUCUGCUACGUAGAAAAAUGUUUGUCACUGACAUUAAGUCAUCUUUAGAAGAGCUUUUUACUUACUUGAAGAUCAGAGUGAUUGUUUUGGGUGUUGUUUGAGGAAGGACUGACACAACUAGUUGAGCUCGGUGUAAUCAAGUCCUCAGGUUGUUGGUUAGUAUUAGCCAAUGAAUUCCUUGCUUUAAGAUGAAGCUUCAAACAUGUUUUAUGAAAUUUUCCUUCAACAACCAGGAACUACACACUGGAGAUUUCAGACAAUUAUCUUGGAAGCUGAAACACUUUUGUACAUAUCAAGUACACAUCAAGUACACUUCUAACAUACCACUAGGUCUGCAGGUAUUGGAAACAUAAAAGAUCUACUUUGGGCUAAAAGGAAAAUAAUAGUCUUGGUUCUCAGGCACCGCCUGCAUCAUUAUUAAGUCUGCCACACAUUUCGUUUUUAUUUCCUUUUUCCAAAAAAUUAAAUCCUAAAUUAUACAGCAUCUCGGAACAUUGCACCCCGGCAGUGCAAUGCUACAAUACAUUAAAACAAUCCAAUCAAAUAAAGAGUGCAGUGACAUCCCUCUACAUGCGCACUGCUUACUGCACACCUCGUUUUAUGGUCGUGGCGGCAAUAAGAGUUUGUGUGCUUGUUUUGCCGUUUGCAAAUUUGGUGAAGGAAAGCAUAUGUACUGUAUGGCAGACAAUGUUUUAUUUUCAGAGAUUAAGAUAACGUGUAUUUGUCUCUUAAAAUAAUUAGAUUUUUAAAAGCCAUUGCCUGAGAACCAAUUCUUAUUAUUUUUUUAAACUUGUUUUCAAGGUUUUUAGCUGUUCUAAGGAUUUGUCAGCCUUGGAGAUGUUUCAAGUCAAGAAUACUUGAUCUCGAGGCCAUCUCUUGUUUGGGAAAUUAAAGACUAAAACUGCUUGGCAGGGUUGUCUGCCACCAAUGUAGGCAGGGAAUUGUUACUUGUCUGUUGUGUAGAUCUGUCACAGGUCACCGGUGCACUAGUUGUUACACCAGAACCAAGACUGGACAGUGCUCAGAGGAUGUGUACAGAAAUCAGUGCAAUUCACAGUGUUAUCAUGGUUAUAUAGAAUUUGUUGGUCUCUGAAUUCAGUUCGGUUUUCAAAUUUUGUGAUUUUUGUCGUUAUUAGCUCUUCCAUAUAAACGGACAAGCUUGAAGUGGGCGAAAGUUUGGACCAAGAAAGACAGAGUUUUAUUGAGAAUCUGUCAGGUUGAUGAAACCCAGUCUGUUGUUCUUAUUUCCAUUGGUAUGAUUUACAACACUGUACAUAAGGUUUUGGUUCCGGAUUUUAGUACAUGGCAAGGGCAUGUAACUCUACAUGUCCACUGCAGUUAGGACAUGUUGUGACAUUGUAUGACUUUAGUUGAAUUCUUUAUGACACACUUAAAGGAAUUUUGGAAAAAUAUUUGUAUUAGGGCUGGGACGAGUCCAAAUUUACUACCCAGGUAGCCGACACCCUAUUACCCAACCCUACCCGGAUACCCACUGCAAGUCUUAUGAGUUGGGAACAAAAUGUCUGAUUAGUAGUUGUUUUACCGCACCAACAGGAUAAAACUAUUUAGAUACAUGUAUCAAACAAUCAGAUCAUGUGUUCACUGAAGUUGACUAAAGCUUUAUCUUUACUCAAACAUAUACAAGUCAAAAGGAAUGUGUGCAUCGUCAGAAAGAAAUGCGAACAUUAGCGACUUGUAGACUAACCACUGAGCUAUAGUGAGUUUUUGUCAUUAAACAAUAUAUCACCUGACUAACCACGGGUCCGGGUAGUCCUGUGGGUAACCGGGUACUACACAGGACCUACCCGACCCGAGUACCCGAGCUACCCGUCCCAGCCCUAAUUUGUAUCAAUAUAAAAAACUUUUAACAUACACAAUAUGUUAGGGAUAGAAAUGGAUCGUUGAUAAACACUUUCAUUAUUUUGUAAGCUGCACAAUGUUCCUGGUACCACGUGAUAGGUGACAAUAGACUCUUAUACAUGUCAGUCACAAUCUUUUGACAUACAAGUAACACGCAGCCCAGGGUUGCCAUGGAGUAGCCUGCUUCUUGUCGCUAUUCUCUUUUAUGUUGUUACUGACAUAUGCAAGUGGACAUAUAGGUUGUGGUCUUGAAGGCCAAUACAUUGUUCACAGAGGACUCUUCUGUCCACAUUCCAAAUCAGAGAUGACACUGGACAAUGGAAAGAUUUUAUAUGUUAAAGAGCUCAUUUUCAGCCAGGUGUUUACAAAUAGGUAUUGCCAUUACACAUGUACAUCCUUGUAAAAGUGGAUUUCAGCACUGUUACCAGUCUAGGCAAGAAGUCAUAAUCACUAGACUGGUGAGACAGGAUGUUUGGGAUUGCAGGGUCAUUUGUGUUGUUACCAAUAAAUGUGAUUGGCCUUACAAAACAAUUCGGAGAAUUCUAUGACCUUCAAGACCAGUGAUCAUAAGUUGAUUUAUGCCGCUUACGUCCUUAGUUGCCGCAAGUGUGUGUAUCAUGGCCUGGAGCCCCUCACAUCUGUAUACUGUUUGUUGCUGUAUUUUGUUCCUUUUGAUAUUUCACUGUUUAUUUGUUAUUGUUUUACUGCUAUGUGACCACACUUAUUUUGUUCAUGCAUAGCUAUGAGAUUAAUGCAUCGGUGUAAGGUGAUGUCAUACCAGUACUUGACUUGUCUCCGUAAUCUUCACAUUUGUUAAGCCCAAGAAUAAUUGUUGGCUUCCUGUGACUGCUGAAACUGAUAGGAGAGGCUGGUGGGGAACUAAUUCAAACCAACAUUUUUAAACCUUGUACGUCUUUUUAAAAAGCGGGUGAAUGUAUGAAAAAUAAGUUUGAAGGCUAUUUUGUCUGAUACUUGAAUGGGUCAUCACGGUAGACUGGGGUUGAUGAUUCCAUUGCCAAUAUUAGUUCAGUGCAUGAUGCCAAACACUGAAGGCUAGCAGAAGUCAUAUCGGGGGAGCAUUGUAGAAUCUGUGUUCCUCCAUAUUCCGUGUUGGACAUAAGUGAGAUGUAAUUCCAAUAGUGAAUGCAUGGUACCUGUUUUACCAUCAGUUGAAGAUAACCAUUUAGAAAUAUUGUUUGUGAUGAAUGUUACUUAAGGAAACGACAUAUUUGUCAUAUAUUUAUUCAUAAUUUUGAGAUUGACCUUGGUUCUGAUGUUUUUAAACCAUAUAAGGGAUGUUUCAGUGAAAGUGAAUUUAUUGUAGUCUCCCAUAUUUAAUGCCAAGAAUUGUUAAUUUUAGAAUUAUUUAUUUUUUUGUGUCUAAAAUGCCUUUCUCUCCACUUGUCGAAACAAAUAGAGAUUGAAUUUAUGAAAUGAGCAGUCUACCAUCUUCUCACUGAAGACAAUGACAAAUGAUCAAAGGUUUCAGUUGUAACAUACCGUAAUUCAGUUUUUAAGGUAUUGUAGAGAUGAUACACUUUGGGUAAUAUCUACCAAACACCACUUGAAUUUUAGUCCAGGCAUGAAACUUGCUCUCACAUCGUCCACCAUGUUGUAUUGUAAAGAUGGAAUCUACAGUGGAGUGUAACAAGGGCAUCAUGCUAUGUGAGUAAACCAUGGGUGGCUAUUACAUGCAUGACGCCACCAUUGUUUCAAAGGUGUCCUGUACGUUGACGGUGUACACCAGGUAACUUGUUAAAUAUCUGUGGCUAAUAUGUUCCCACGUUACAUGUAGGAAUCAUAGGAAAUCAAUACAUAUCAAACCUGUAUCUUGUGCCAAAUCUGACCAGGUCAAAAGAUAGUUGUGCCCUCUUCAUUACCCUGAUAUUAAUCUUGAUAUAGGCCUGAUCUGUUAACUUGCUGGUAUUGGGGACUUUUGUUGGUUUGUUGUAACCCAGUAAUGGAUGUAACAUAUCCCAGUGGUGAGUCACAAUAUCCUCCAAAGGAGUCUUGAAAACUCAACUCUUGCCAUUUUACGUAGUCCAUCCUCAGUGGGAAUAACUGGAAACAAACAAAACAAUUAUGUAAUCAAGUCCAUUUUGCUACCAAGGACUGUUUCACAGACCACCAGGAAGGUGUAUGUUGUCAUGCCAGAUGUCUCACAUUGCUACAAAUCACAAUAUUGCCAGCCAGAGAAAUGAGCUGUAAAAUACUGUUCCCAGUCACAUGGUGCUGAUUCACAAAUUCCAGAUUGAUAAUUCAUGGGUAUUUAGUGAUGUUCCUUCGAAUAUAUAUAAGUGUUCUCAACAGUGAGGGACGCUGGGUCUAGCAUAACCAGCUUCUUUGUACUGGAGAAUAUUUUCUUGUCUACUGGUCUCCAUAUUUUUUUGGCAUGAAUACAUUUCAGCACUGUUCAGACAGUUUGUGUUGAUGUUUUACAAUGAGUAUAAAGGAAAUGUGUUAUAGUUUGUAUCAGGAUAUUGUUUUUAGCUAAGCAAGGUGGAACACUUUGAGGAAGUGUUUCAGGUCAACUGUCCAUAUAGAGUUGUUCAUGUAGCAUUAUGUGAUGGGGAACACAAGGCCCUGGGGGGCUCAUUACAGUUCUCCAGUACAGGGAUCUGUAGGUGGGCACAGUGGACAUCAAGUACAAACUAGGCCCAUCGAUGCACACCAUGUCAUAGGUUUAAUCCUAGGACUGAUUCUGUGGAAAAAAGAGGGUCGCACCAUGUUGGAGCAACAUGACAAUUUAACAAACCAGAAUGUUUCUGCAAAACUGAUUUGUCUUUUUGACCACAAAUGUCCACUAUCUAACCCAACUUGUUGUUACAAAGGGUAGAAAGUCUUUGUUUCUGUUUCUACACAUUUCACCAUGAGACUUCUUUGCCUGGGUUUAGGGCUGUCAAAAGUUUGAGGCUGGUUUGUAGAUUAUUGUGAUCCAGGCAAGAUGUUAGCCUAGCCUUGAUGCGUCACUAGUUACACUGCAAGGACAGAAGUGUUCCUUGAGAGUUCCACACAUACAUGUAUAUUGUUGGUUACCUUGACUACAGCACUGUAAUAAAGGCAGUGUUAUUACAG